AUGGCGGCAGCUACAGCUCGAGCCGUGCUGUUCCCGGCUGUGCGGCGGCAGCUCUGGGGUUUCGCCGAGAGGCUCCGGGGGGUCAGAGGCAGCGCUGGGCGGCCAUUGUAUUUUGGAGGGAACAGAUUGAGAAGUACACAGGCUGCUACACAAGUUGUUCUGAAUGUUCCUGAAACACGAGUGACACGUUUGGAAAAUGGACUCAGAGUGGCUUCUGAAGACUCUGGGCUCUCAACAUGCACAGUUGGACUCUGGAUUGAUGCUGGAAGUCGAUAUGAAAAUGAGAAGAAUAAUGGAACAGCUCACUUUCUAGAGCAUAUGGCUUUCAAGGGCACCAAAAAGAGAUCCCAGCUGGAUCUGGAGCUUGAGAUUGAAAAUAUGGGUGCUCAUCUUAACGCCUAUACCUCCAGAGAGCAGACUGUGUAUUAUGCCAAAGCAUUCUCUAAAGACUUGCCAAGAGCUGUAGAAAUUCUUGCUGAUAUAAUACAAAAUAGCACAUUGGGAGAAGCAGAGAUCGAACGUGAGCGUGGAGUUAUCCUUAGAGAGAUGCAGGAAGUUGAAACCAACUUACAAGAAGUUGUUUUUGAUUAUCUUCAUGCCACGGCUUAUCAAAAUACUGCACUUGGACGGACCAUUUUGGGACCAACUGAAAAUAUCAAAUCUAUAAAUCGUAAGGAUUUAGUUGAUUAUAUAACUACGCAUUAUAAGGGGCCAAGAAUAGUGCUUGCUGCUGCUGGAGGUGUUUCCCAUGAUGAGCUGCUUGAGUUAGCAAAGUUUCAUUUUGGUGACUCUUUAUGCACACACAAAGGAGAAAUACCAGCUCUGCCUCCCUGCAAAUUCACAGGAAGUGAGAUUCGAGUGAGAGAUGACAAGAUGCCUUUGGCGCACCUUGCGAUAGCUGUUGAAGCUGUUGGUUGGUCACAUCCCGAUACGAUCUGCCUCAUGGUUGCAAAUACACUGAUUGGCAACUGGGAUCGCUCUUUUGGAGGAGGAAUGAAUUUAUCUAGCAAGUUGGCCCAGCUUACUUGUCAUGGCAGUCUCUGCCAUAGCUUCCAGUCUUUCAAUACUUCUUACACAGAUACAGGAUUAUGGGGACUCUAUAUGGUUUGUGAACCAGCCACAAUUGCAGACAUGCUACAUGUUGUUCAAAAAGAAUGGAUGCGACUCUGUACAAGUGUCACUGAAAGUGAAGUUGCACGAGCCAGAAAUCUUUUGAAAACAAACAUGUUGUUGCAGCUUGAUGGUUCAACUCCAAUUUGUGAAGAUAUUGGUAGGCAAAUGUUAUGCUAUAAUAGAAGGAUUCCUAUCCCUGAGUUGGAAGCACGAAUUGAUGCUGUGAAUGCUGAGAUAGUUCGGGAAGUAUGUACCAAAUAUAUUUAUGAUAAGAGUCCAGCUAUUGCUGCUGUUGGUCCUGUUGAGCAACUACCAGAUUUUAACCAGAUUUGCACUAACAUGCGUUGGCUUCGUGAAUAAAAUGCUCCUGUAUCAAAAUAUGUUGAACACAUAUAUAUUUAUAAAACUAAGAGACUUGUACACUUUAUCAAUCCUUAAAGAAAAAAAAGAACAUACAUAUCUGGAAAUCUGCGCAAAAUACUGUCAUAAGGGUAAGACCACCACUUUGAAGGUAGUUUUAUAUAA